AUUGGCAUCAACCCGUGGCUUUGCCACAUAGACGCAGUCGAAGUCGGACUUUGUCUCUGGCUUAAAUACACAUUCACAGCAGAUCUCGAUUUAAUUUCAUCAGCCUCCUUUUGCUUCGCGAAAAAAUCUUCUCCGACGCCGAUUCAUCCCAAAUUCUCACGAGGCUGAUUUGGUUGGUUUCUUCACAGUAAGAUGGGGGGAGGAUUCAGGGUGCUUCAUCUUGUUAGACCGUUUCUAUCCUUCCUGCCAGAAGUCCAGAGUGCUGAUAGGAAAAUCCCAUUCAGAGAGAAGGUCAUCUAUACUGUGAUUUCUCUUUUCAUCUUUCUAGUCUGCAGUCAGCUACCAUUGUAUGGCAUACAUUCAACAACUGGUGCCGAUCCAUUUUAUUGGAUGCGUGUCAUUCUUGCCUCAAAUCGUGGGACUGUCAUGGAGCUUGGUAUCACUCCCAUUGUCACAUCUGGGCUAGUUAUGCAGCUUUUGGCUGGGUCAAAGAUCAUUGAAGUUGACAACAAUGUUCGUGAAGAUCGAGCCUUGCUGAAUGGUGCACAGAAGCUUUUGGGUAUCCUGAUUGCAGUUGGUGAAGCAGUUGCAUAUGUUCUCUCUGGGAUGUAUGGCAGUGUUGGACAACUUGGAGUUGGGAAUGCAAUCCUGAUUAUUCUUCAGCUCUGCUUUGCUGGCAUCAUAGUUAUUUGUCUUGAUGAGCUCCUUCAGAAAGGAUAUGGACUGGGUUCUGGAAUUUCACUUUUCAUUGCCACCAACAUCUGUGAAAACAUUAUAUGGAAGGCAUUUAGCCCAACCACAAUUAACAGUGGACGUGGGGCAGAAUUUGAAGGUGCAGUUAUUGCUUUGUUCCAUUUGCUAAUUACUCGGACAGAUAAGGUUCGUGCUCUCCGUGAAGCUUUCUAUCGGCAGAAUCUUCCAAAUGUGACAAACUUGCUAGCCACUGUCCUGGUCUUCCUUAUUGUCAUUUACUUCCAAGGGUUCCGUGUGGUCUUGCCUGUAAGAUCAAAGAAUGCCCGUGGGCAACAAGGCUCCUACCCGAUUAAGCUCUUUUAUACUUCGAACAUGCCCAUCAUUUUGCAAUCUGCUCUUGUGUCCAAUCUGUACUUCAUUUCUCAGUUGCUGCAUAGGAAGUACAGUGGAAACUUCCUUGUGAACCUAUUGGGUAAGUGGAAGGAAUCAGAAUAUUCUGGCCAAUCCAUACCUGUUGGUGGACUUGCUUAUUACAUUACUGCCCCAUCAAGGUAAAUUGUGGUACAUUGCAACUACAUUGAUGUCUGUUUUAUAACCUGUCUCCCCGUUGUCUAGUUUUGGUUUGUUCUGUCUGGAUUAUGUUUAGUUGACACUAUUGUUAAUGUUACAGCUUGGCAGAUAUGGCAGCUAAUCCAUUCCAUGCACUCUUUUAUAUCGUCUUCAUGCUGUCGGCAUGUGCACUGUUCUCGAAAACCUGGAUUGAAGUUUCUGGUUCGUCUGCCAGAGAUGUUGCCAAGCAACUUAAGGUAAUUGCUGCUGCUUAAACAGAAUAGCACUAAAACAUCAUAGAUGAGUCAUUGAGCUCCUAAUUAAAUUGGUAUCAGUUUGACGUAUUGCUGCCUAGUUAUUCCGCUACCUACCUGUAUUAUGUGAAGUGUUCUGCUAAGUGGUAAGGAACAUUUUAUUGGAAAAUACCCUUGAUGAUGGUGUUUCUCAUAUUUGCACCUAAUUUUACUUUCAGGAACAACAAAUGGUCAUGCCUGGCCAUCGGGAGUCAAAUCUACAGAAAGAGCUGAACCGCUACAUUCCAACUGCUGCUGCUUUUGGUGGUAUGUGUAUCGGGGCACUCACUGUCUUGGCUGACUUUAUGGGAGCGAUUGGUUCAGGGACUGGAAUUUUGCUCGCCGUGACAAUCAUAUACCAAUACUUUGAGACAUUUGAGAAGGAGAAAGCUAGUGAACUUGGUUUCUUCGGCAUGUAAGCUGUGAACAAAUCGAGUGACUUGCUGGUGUAGUGUGUGUUAGCCUGGUUAAUUUAUCAGCGAAGAGGUAAUGUAGGUCUUGCCCAACACCAGAAGCUUGCAAACCUGAGAACAUAGGUAGCUUUUUCUCUAUGGGAAGGAUACUUUGUAGUGGGAUGACCAAUCUGGGAAUUUUUGUUUUACAAAUGUAAGUUGUAGUGUUAAAAAGGAUUCUUAAGAAAUAGAUUCUACUUGAGGUCUCAUUUUCAGAAGACUGAGUUCCGGUUAACUGUGUUAUUAUUACCUGGUACCCAUUAAUGUUUAGUGCAUUACUGCUUUUCACUUUCUUUCUCUGCGCUGCAACCAUCGGACAAUGCUUCAAUUGAAAUUCUUGAUCAGGCUUCUUGCACACAUAAAACUGUUCUUUGUUAGAAUUUUCCUUUUUGAUGAAUUUUCUAGGUGGGCAUUAUUCUGACGAUUGUAACCGCAAACAGCUGGAUGUUUAACAUGGUUUUUAAACCGAGCCUUAAAUGUUUUUUGGUAAGCCCUUGAGCCAGAAUUGGAUUACCUGCUAUUGGAAACUUCUUACGAUUUACAAAGUACGUUCUGCAUAAUAAUGUUUCCCGAGUUAUAUCCGAUUUUUUUUCACCCUUUUUUGUUGUUGUCUGGAGACAAAAGGAAACCCGCCUCUAGGAGAUUAGGACGACUUUGGUCUCACUUGAGUAUAAUUGCAUCGUUAUUAAAGCUCGCCAUGGAGGACGAGGAAUUCUGGAAUAGAUAAUUAAUUGUGAUAAAAAUAAAGAUCCUCGAACAAACGCCGGAAUAAUGGCGAUAAGAUUUUGGUUGUAAAAUUUGAAUUAUAGGAACAAAAUCUAAAGGUGUGUUAUCAACAUCCUCGAGACACCAAAUUUAGUGAACU